UAGGUUAUGUGUGCUAAAUUUAGAAUUCACACUGAAGUCACGGCCACUGAAUUGAUCUUCACUCUUGGAGAUAAAUAUAGUAAAAACGUAACCUUUGUGUGCUGUAUAGUAUGCAAAAUGGUAUCUUUCUUGGAAAAGUAACAAUAAAACAAAUGUUACUACAUUUUUCACUCGUUAUCAACACGCCAAACUCGACCUAGUAGCCGCAAUCAACUCAAUAUUUCUACCAGUUUGCUUCCAUUAACUUGGAAAAUGGGUCUUCUACCUUAUGGUGCAGUCCUGGAAGUACUCCUUUUCGUAGUACCGCUAGUAGUGGCAGUUUUGUGUUAUUUUCACAAUCGAUUCAAAUAUUGGUCAAGAAGAGGAGUCCCAACAAUACCACCACGUUUUCCUUUGGGUAACAGCAAAGUACUCUUUCCAAAGGGUUUUACUCUUGGUCCUAUCACCAAAAUCUACUACGACUACCUAAAACAACGAGGACACAAAUUCGGAGGUAUUUACCUGAUAAGUGAACCAAAUCUGGUAAUCGUGGAUCCCGAUUACGUCAAAGACAUCCUCUCCAAAGAUUUCCAAUACUUUGUAGACCGCGGAUUUUACUACAACGAAACAGAUGACCCCCUCAGUGCCAAUCUUUUUGCUUUGGACGGCGUCCGUUGGCGUCUACUUCGUACCAAAUUUACGCCCACCUUCACUUCCAGCAAAAUGAAGACCAUGUUCCAGUCGGUUAUCACUUGCCGCGACUACAUGGUAGAAGCCCUUGGAAAACAAAUAAACGACGAUAUAGACAUCCGAGAAGUCAUGAGAAGAUACACCAUAGAUUGCAUUGGGUCCUGUGCCUUCGGUGUACAGUGUAACAGCUUCAUAGAUCCAGAUGCAGAAUUUCCAAAAAUGGGUAUCAAAAUCUUCCACUUCGAUAUGUGGAAAACGGUGAAAGCUUUCUUUAUUGUCAACCUUCCAAAGUUGUCGAAAUGGUUACGUUUAACCCCUAACUAUAAAGAAAUCCGUGACUUUUUUAUCAAGAUGGUUACCGACGCAAUUGAGCUGAGACAAAAUCCAGAGAACAGACGAAACGAUUUUUUGCAAAUUUUGAUAGAUUUGAAAGAAACUGAGAAGCUGACUGUCAACGAAAUCGCGGCACAAGUGUUCCUUUUUUUCUUAGCGGGGUUUGAAACGAGUUCUUCUAUGAUGAGUCUUGCUCUAUAUCAACUGGCAAAGAAUCAGGAUUGUCAAGAUAAACUGAGAGAAGAAAUUUUAGCAGUUUUGGAAAGACAUGAGGGAAGAUUGAAUUACGAAAGUCUUUCGGAGAUGAAAUUGUUGGGCCAAGUCUUUGAUGAAACUCUGAGAUUGUACCCACCCGGUUCUACUCUCACUCGUCGUUGCGUUAAAGACUACAGUCUUCGAGAUACAAACAUAGUGAUAGAAAAAGGGACUCAGGUUAUCGUUCCCGCUAUAGGCCUUCACAUGGAUCCGGAGUAUUUCCCGGACCCGGAGAAAUUUAAUCCGAGUCGGUUUAGCGAAGAGAUGAAGAAAAGUAGGCAUCCGUGCGUUUUUUUGCCUUUUGGAGAAGGACCAAGGAAUUGUAUUGGACUUCGGUUUGGUCUUAUGCAAUCUAAAAUUGGGAUUGCCUCUGUUAUCGUGAAUUUUAGACUGACUGUUAGUCCAACGUGCAAGCCCUUGCAGAUUGAUCCUGAUAGUUUCAUUGUUAGACCUAUUCAUAAUGUUUAUUUGAGGGCGGAACGAUUCUAGUUGAAAUAUGGCAACAUUAUCAAAAUAAAUAGUUUAAAAAGCAAUUAAACAAAACAAUUAGCAACAUAAGUAAGA